AUUAUUUCAUUUGAUCAUCCAUUAAUUAAUAAAGUGUUCACGCCAAUGAAGGCACUAUAAACUUUUUGAUAACGAAAAUGUAGAAUGCAAAACACUAAAUCAAAAUAACUAUCGACAUCUAACAUAGAUAUUAUUCUGACUUCAUCAUACUUCAAUUCCUUCAAAUUAUCAUUCAUAAUUAAAUAUAUCAUAUGUGUAAUUCACAUUACACCCUAUUUCAUAAAAAUGGUUAAUUAUUUCAAAAUAACCACCUACGCCUGAUUAAUCUAACGAUAAAACUACAACUACUGCCAACACUACAACCACUACCAACACUAUAACCACUGCCAACACAACAACCACUGCCAACACUACAACCACUGCCAACACUACAAUUACUGCCAACACUACAACCACUGCCAAUACCACAACCUGACAUAAAAAUGAUUUUAUCAUCCAAAAUAUUCAGUCCUCUUUCAUAAUUUUGCAUCAAUGAAUUCUAUACAAUUCCAAUAUAUCAAAAUUUAAUUGUAGAUUAAUGAUACAAAAAAUUUAAUUCUUUUAUAUUAUUCCCAACAAAACACUCUACAUUAUCAAUUCUAUCAUUCUUACCAAUCUUUACAAUUUACCCUUAUUUAUACCAAAAACUGUUGACUAAUAUAAAAUUGUCAUCCAAACAUUUUAUUUAAAUGUACAAAACACAAUCAAUAUCCUUUGUAUCAUCAUGUUGCCACCCAACCUUAUAAAAUUAAAUCCAGCAAUAUGUUAACAAUUUAAUAAGUGGAUCUCAGCAAGAUAUCCAAUUUCAAAAUAAACAAAUUGCAAGCUUAGAAAAAUCAUAAAAGCUACGCCUGAUUAAUCUAACAAUAAAACUACAACUACUGCCAACACUACAACCACUGCCAACACUACAAUCACUGCCAACACUAUAACCACUGCCAACACCACAACCACUGCCAACACUACAACCACUGCCAACACUACAACCACUGCCAACACUACAACCACUGCCAACACUACAACCACUGCCAACACUACAACCACUGCCAACACUACAACCACUGCCAAUACCACAACCUGACAUAAAAAUGAUUUUAUCCAAAAUAUUCAGUCCUCUUUCAUAAUUUUGCAUCAAUGAAUUCUAUACAAUUCCAAUAUAUCAAAAUUUAAUUGUAGAUUAAUGAUACAAAAAAUUUAAUUCUUUUAUAUUAUUCCCAACAAAACACUCUACAUUAUCAAUUCUAUCAUUCUUACCAAUCUUUACAAUUUACCCUUAUUUAUACCAAAAACUGUUGACUAAUAUAAAAUUGUCAUCCAAACAUUUUAUUUAAAUGCACAAAACACAAUCAAUAUUCACACUUGAAAAGGAUAAGACAUUUAAUCUCUUAUCUAAUUAUACUAUUGAUUCAAAUCCUUUAAAGCAAGCUAAUAUUGCUAUAAAAGCAGAAAGAGAAACUGAAUAUUUUACAAAAAAUAAAAUAAUUGCCAACAGAAAAUAAUAACUCAUUAAACUUCCUUAAUAUACCAACCCACAAGAAACCCAUAUUUGAAGAUAAAAAUAAUAUCCAACAUUUUCACUCUUAAACUGAUAAAAAAAUUUUAAUUCAUGAGCUUACCAGACCUCAGCACAGCUUCUACCAAAUCUAACUGCCCUUUAUGUAAUAAACUCGUUAAAGUAACCAAAUUGGGGCUAUUGCCAUCUCAUCGAAACCAGAAGAUAAAAUGUCCUCAAUCUGGGUUUCCCAUCUUAUCACCAGCUAUCCCUCGAACCCUAAAUGCCUUUUCUGCCCUUGCCCUCGCACAACCUAUAGUUACCAUUCCCACGUUGACUGAUGUGCCUACUAGCCCAAUAGUCCCCACCUCAACCGCCGGAAAUGCUCUCACUUUCAAUCCAACCGACUCCACAGAUGUAGAAAUAUUUCUAGUCAUACCAAAACCAUUUGUGAUUUCACGUAUACCUAAGGGAGCAAGACUUCAAGUUGCCAAACACCUCUCAAAGAACUUGACUUCCUUGAUAAAUAAUUAUUCUUCCAUAAAACACUGGCUAGACACCCUGUCAUUUGCCUUUACUACCUUGCAAGUUCCUGAUCCUGCCAGUAAAAAAUCUCUGACACAGCAAAUCAAGGAUGCUACUAUCUACCCCUUACCCAUCAAUCACUUUUCCACAUCUUUUAAAGGUGAUGACACUGAUAAAAAUAAAAAUCACAAAAAUGACCUACUCAUCAAGGCCAAGCUUAUAUCUAAAAAGCUGGAUAACCUGAAUGUUAAAUCCGCCAUACGACUGGCAACAGUGGGUAAAGACAAGUCCUUUGUCAAGUUCUUCGCCGACACUCUACUAGAGAUAUCCCUUAUGCGCGGUACACUAUCUCGCCUCCCAGCCCACCAAGCGUUCUUUCUAUUAAAGAACUACCUCCUAAUCCCAAAAAUUCUAUAUACACUCCGAUCGUCACGUAUCUUCCAAUACGACGUCAACCUCGCUGCACACGAGCUAGAGAUUAAAUACCUUACAGAGGAUAUACUCAAUCUCAAAUUCGGAGACCUAUCUUGGCUACAAGCUACCUUGCCAACCAAAUCCGGCGGCAUUGGCAUACGAUCGCCUUCCCUACUCUCUGUUAGUGCGUUCAUAUCCUCUCGCCUGUCCUGCGAGCCCAUCAUACACGCACUUACAAAACAUCCUGACCCUUUACUUCCCCAGGCAAUUGAUCUAUGGAAAUCUCUUUCAUUAGUCGAUCCUCCCUCAUCGACACUGCAGAAGGACUGGGAUAAGCCUCUAAUUGGCAACUCCGUUGCAUACCUUAAAUCAUGGAGCCAACCCGAGGACCAUUCUCUACUCUUCUUUAUUUCCGCAGACAGCGGGUAUGAAUUUCUCGAAGCUUUUCCAUCGCGAAACCUUGACCAGCUCCUAAGCAAUGAUGAGCUACGUCACGCCAUCGGUCUAAGACUUAAUUGUAAUAUGGUAAUACCCUAUCACUGCAUCCUUUGUCAAAUGCCAGUCAACUCCAAAGGCCGUCACUCUUUACACUGCAAGCGCUGUAGAGGCAGAUUCAUUAGACAUUCAAAAUGCAAUGAUACUAUUGCCAGGGCCCUAAAAUAUGCCGGUAUCCCAUCAACCCUAGAACCCACUGGACUCUACAAUUCUGAUGGUAAGCGUCCCGAUGGCUCUACCAUGAUCCCUUGGAAGAGGGGGGAAUUUCUAACCUGGGAUUUCUCAUGCAUCGAUCCCCUUGCCCCUUCCAAUAUAAAUAGAGAUGCUCUAGUAGACGCCGAGACGAAUAAACUCGCUAAAUAUUCGCCAUCGCUUCCGGCCAAUUACACAUUCCUACCACUAAUCGCCACGACUCUAACAUCGUUCGGCUCUCACGCCCUUGCCUUCUUUAAAGAGCUGGGGAAACGGAUCUCUACUAGGACCGAAGAUCCCAACGAGGGUUACUACCUACGCCAAAGAUUAGCCCUCAAUAUAAUAAAAUCCAAUUACCUCAGCUUCAUAUUCUCAAUGACUGAUACCUCCUAA